AUGGAAUUCGGAGCAAGCGCCGCCGUCAUUUGGACUUGUGUCCUUUGCUGCCUGCUCCUCGUAUCUGCGAUCUUUUUGAUCUAUCGUUCUAUACAAGUCACUCGAUCCGUCAAGACCAAGUACAAGUCGUCCGGUUCCCGUCGUCUGUCAUUCCACAGCCCUGAUGAGGUCGAGAGAUUCUUCAUCCAGACUGGCUACAAGAAAACCAUCAUUGGAACCAUCAUGCUCCAUGCUUGGCUUGUCCUUCUGGGUCUGGCAUAUCUCGCCAUCGUCAUCUUCAGCUCAUUUUCCUAUUUCCCUACACUCCUCUCGAACUGGCGAACUGACUGGGACGGAGUUGUUAUACCUGCAAUCUAUUCUAUGGUCGUCUUUCACGUGCUGGCUGGUGUGCUAUCUAAAUUCUAUCACUCACUCGUUACGCUGUUUAUGGUACCUGAGCCACAUCUCAGCGAUGCUACGAAUGUGGUUAUCGAGGAAGCUGUACCUCCUGCGGUGGACUCGAAGGAGAUGAUCGAUCCGGGGAUGGCUUCCGACGAGGACAUACCCGCUUUCAAUCGUUACGUGUCAGUCCUGUGGGACAGACUACGUACAAGGUUCAGAAGCGCAACCCGCAAGACGAUGGUCGAAGUUGAAUACGACGAAAUGCUCAGGGUUAGAUGCUAUGAGUACAUGUGCGUUAGAUAUGUAUUUGAUACUGAUGUCGGUCGAUUCCGUCCUGUCGGCAUGGGAGAGUGGACAGCUUCUGAAAUGCACCAGCGGUUGAGGGAGGGUGGUAUGAGUCACGAGGAGGCCACGCUCGAGCUCGAGGAAACGGGUCCGAACGAGAUCAGGGUGAGAGUCCCUGGGAUCAUUGAGAGUCUGGCCUCCGAGUUCAGCGAUGUUCUCUAUAUACUGCAGUCUAUCGCGGCGUGGACGUAUAUCGUCUUCACGACAUGGAACAUCGGUAUAAUAUGGCUCGCCAUGACGCUCAUUGCGGGGACCUAUCGAGCCCUGUUCAUCGUGAGGAGAGGCCAGAAGAAGAUCGCUACCUUGGCCAAGCUCGAGACUCGGGUGCAAGUUCUGAGAUCAGGGAAGUGGGUUGAAAUCGGUUCCCAUGGUGUGGUUCUCGGCGACUUGCUGAAAGUAGAGGAACGUGAACCUCUCCCUUGCGACGGGGUUGUCGUGGAGGGAUCUGUAAUCGUCAACGAGUCCAUGCUCACUGGUGAGCCCAUGCCCAUACAGAAGUUCUCCGUGGAUGACAUUGACGAUGCCGAGAUCACCAAGAAGAAUACAGCCUAUGCGGGCACCAUGUGUAUGCAGUCGACGGGCCCACACGAUGGUCGUGCCAUUCUGAUGGCAACCAGUGUCGGAGCUCUCACGACCAAGGGACAACUCAUCCGAAUGGUACUCUUCCCACAGUCUGUCAGGUUCAAAUACACUGAUCAGCUCCCAAUUGUGUACGGCAUGCUAGCUCUGUAUGCUGUACUCAUCAUCGUUCUGUACCUGACCACGACAAAUCUGGGUUCCUGGGUGGUCACUGUGCUGCAAAUUCUGAGUACCGUCGCUCAGACGAUGAACCCCAUGCUGCCCGUCUCUAUCGUGAUGGGCCAGUCAGUGGCGGCCUUCAGGCUGGAGAAGCAUCAUCAGAUAUCAUGUCUCCAACCGGGUAGGAUUCCCGUUGCCGGCAAGAUCUCAACGAUGGUGUUCGACAAGACUGGUACGAUCACGAAGGACGGUAUGGACUUCGCGGCGGUGGUUGCCGUUGAUCCCUCGAGAAGAACUUUCUUGGGCAAGAUUCAGUUCGAGCCGGACCUGCCUCCUCUCGACGAAAGGAACAGAUCUGUGAUAUCCGAGCAAGUCCCUCUGAGAAUGCAAUAUGGUCUUGCCUGCUGCCACACUGUGACCACUCUCCGUGACGGAACGUUGGUUGGGAACCACGUUGAAGUGUCGAUGCUGACUAUGACUGGAUGGUCUCUUCCAGCGCCGGAUGCGGAGAGUACGGACAAUAUCAUUACGUCACCGAAGGGUGAGCAUAAGCUGAAGGUCUUGAAGAAACUCGACUUCGACCACCACAGAAUGACAUCUGGAGCCGUCGUCAGAGACCUGUCGACCGGUGAGGUUAUUGUCAUCAUCAAGGGCUCGUAUGAACGUGUGGCCGCCCUGUCCUUACCCGACACUCUUCCCCACGACUACGUGGAAGUCUCUGAGGGCUGUGCAUCUGAUAACUUCUACACGUUGGCAAUGGCCACUAAGAGUUUGGACAGCUCCUUGACGGACGAGCAAAUCAUAUCGGCCAAAAGGGACUCGUUUGAAUUCGAUCUAUCGAUGUGCGGACUACUUCUGUUCCGCAAUGAAAUGAAGCCCGAUUCGCCAGCUGCGAUUGAGGCAUUGACUGCUGGAAACAUCCGCAACGUCAUGUGCACUGGCGAUAAUGUCUUGACUGGCAUCGCUAUCGCCAGGGAAUGCGGUAUAAUCGGGAAAACUAAGGUUGGUCGAGUUCUAAUAGGAGACUAUGAUCAGAAGAUGGACGCGCUGUAUUGGGUUGACACUGAGACGAACGAGCGGUGCUCAGAUGUGGAGACUGGUGUUGACCAAUUGGCGGUAACUGGAUCUGCAUGGAAGUAUUUGGCAAGGAACCCUUGUGAGCUCGAUUGCCUCUGGGAGGACAUAUCGGUGUUCGCCCGUAUGAAACCUGAGGACAAGGUUAACGUGACGAAGUAUCUCCAGUCUCGCAAGCUGGUUGUUGGUAUGUGUGGUGAUGGCGGUAACGACUGUGGCGCUCUCCGUGCUGCCCAUGCCGGUAUGGCUCUAUCUGACGCUGAAGCCUCUAUGGUGUCACCAUUCAGCUCUGGUCGUGAUGGUCGCUCCCUCUUUACGGUUGUUGAUAUGAUUCGUGAAGGUCGCGCGUGUCUUGCUACCAACAUCGCGACUUACUCUUUUUUCAUCGUAUAUGCAUUCAUUCUGACCAGUUCUCGGGUUGCCGGUACUAUCAUAGCAAAUCAGGUGCCGGCGGAGUGGUUCUGGAUAUCGCAAGAUGUCCUGAUCAGCGUCAUCAUGGUGUGGACGAUGACGCUUUCUGGUCCGGCGGGGAAGCUCGCUGAUUAUCGCCCUAGUGGAUCUCUCCUUGGUUGGAGAACCAUCCUGUUGUGUACCUUCCCUAUCAUCACUUUCUUCCUCGCGGAAAUUGUGGCAUUCGCUUUUCUGUGGUCAUCUUCUAACAGAGAUUGGUAUAGCCGUGUUAACACCCUCGACCUUCAAGUGCCGCCACAAGAGUGGGCGAAGAAAGGUGACAAUUACGAUAUGCCUAUCCAAGUCUUCCUCAUGCUCACAACACUCAGCACACAUGCCUAUGUUUCCUCAUAUGGAGGAGCUUUCAGGAAGAGUGUUCUCAGGAACUGGGCUCUGAAUGCGAUGUAUCUAAUCGUCAACGUCUUGCUCUUCAGUCUACUUUGGGUUGAGCCAGGAGAUCUCUCCUGUGUGUUCCGCAUAAACUGCGACACAGGUGCCUCUCUUGAAACAGCCGGUCUGCCUAUCAUCGAACAAUACUCAGUAGGAUCGGUUGGUGGUUGUUUCCUGGGGCCCCAGAUCCACACAUAUCAAGAAGCAGCCCCGGAGCUCAGUAGUUGGUCUCCACUACCCGAGGCUGACUGCAGGCCUACCGGUCCGGGUUCCGAGAUAGCUUUGGAGCGCUAUCCCUGGGAAUCUCCGGCAAUCUCUACGUUGGGAUAUGAUGGGCCCAAUAAUGUCUAUCCAGUGUCAUUCCGGGUUGUUAUGACGAUAAUUCUAGUUCUUUACAUCAUGGUUCAACAUAUCAUCUUUGGUGUCGGGUUCUCUGGCUCGUAUUGGAGGAAACUGUUGGCUAAGUUCCGAGCCGUGUGAGGAUUCGAUGCUGUUCGCUGUGAAGAAUAGUUUUUUUUGCAAGUCAUCUCGCGUGGUUGGAUGAGCUUGCUAUAAAGUCCUAAAAAUAGGUUGUCACGGAUCGGCUGCCUUCUGUGGUCAGAGUCUUAUCGAUUAUGUAAGGUAUCUUGACUUGUUAUCAUUUCCGUCCAUAACUGUCAUAGUCUUGUUUAUGGUACUUGAACAAUUCCUUCGAUAUUCCAACUUAUUACAACCGGUCAAUUAUCAACAUUAUAAUACUUUACAACCCAAGAGAAGCGAACAUGAGUAGUUUGCUCCUGGCGUUGUCGUUGGAGCUCAAAUGCUCCUCCAAG